AUGCCUGGUAUCAAAUCUAAAACCACCUUGCUUUCUGUACCAGGUCCACGGUGGGCGUCCUGGAAUCUGGGAGUGUUCAUCUGCAUCCGGUGUGCUGGCAUCCACAGGAACCUGGGCGUGCACGUAUCCAGAGUCAAGUCCGUCAACCUGGACCAGUGGACCAUAGAACAAAUCCAGAGUAUACAGGAUAUGGGUAACACCAAGGCCCGGCAGCUUUAUGAGGCCAACCUUCCAGAAAGCUUCAGAAGACCUCAAACAGACCAAGCCGUGGAAUUUUUCAUCAGGGACAAAUAUGAGAAGAAAAAAUACUACAGCAAGAAUGUGACCAACGGAAGCAGCCCAAAAGAUACAAAGAAAGAGAAGGAUUCAGAGAGUGGCCACAAGGUGGCGUCCUACAGCAAGAAUGAAGACUCUCGGCCGGUUCCUAAAAUCAGUCCAGCUAAGAAUUCAGAACCCUCAGUGAACCUUUUAGGCCUUGAUGCACCGGCAGCCGCGUCCUGUAACGACAGUAGCACAAGCACAUCCCAGAACAACGACCUGGAUAUAUUUGGCCCCAUGGUGUCCAAUCCCCUGCCUGCUUCCACAUCCACAGCGGCAUUUCCUCAGGUGAGCUCCAGUCACACAGCCAGCACACCAACACAAGCUCCAGUAACAGGAGGCGGAGCCAGUUCAGGGGCCGGCCAAGCAGAACUCGACUUGUUCAGUGACGGUGAGAGCAGUAAGGUGGACGACUCGGCGAAGAAGCCGCUGUCCAAAGACUCCAUCCUGUCCCUGUACGGCACAAACACCAUGUCCCAGCAGCCCCCCGCCGCCGGCAUGUUCAUGGGUCCGUCCCAGAUACAGUUUCCUGUCCAGGCCACUACGGGCUAUCAGGCUUUCCCUGGUAUGGGGGCGGCUUUGCCACCCACCACUGUCAUGGGUGCCAUGAUGGCUCAGAGUGGGGCAGCCAUGAUGGGGCCCAGCGCGGGAAUGAUGGUUGGGAUGACGAUGCCCAACGGCUUCAUGGGAAAUGCCCCCGGCACCGGUGUGAUGGGCAUGGCCCCCAGGGUGAUGGGUGCGCAGGGCGGAGCCAUACCUGCAGGCAUGAUGCCGGCUCAGGGCAUGUACACCAUCCAACCUGGACCUCAGGCUCAGUGGAACAUGGCUCAGGUCAACCAGCAGAUGUCAGGGCUGACUCUGAACAGUGCAGGGGGCCAGAUGGCGUUCGGUCAGCCGGCGUCAGCGAUGGGGGGUUGGGCUGCAGCCGGACCGGGUCAGACUCUCAGCACACAGUUAUGGAAGUGAGCCUUCAGUUACGGUGGGGGUGGAUGAGUGGGCGGAGUAAGAGUCGAGGAGGCGGAGUUGUGCUUCUCUACUCCUGACUAUGAACUGAUGCCCUCUCGCCAUUCACAUGAAGAAAUUGUGUUUCCCAAACACACACACACCCCCCCCCACCCCCACCCCCACCCCGUGUAAGUGACCUGGGAGUCAUACGAUUACAGCCUGGCAGUUUCUGCCUGUCAUACUCUUUUUCAUCAUAACUUUAUUUUCCUUUUUUUGGGAAAACCAAACAGUCCCGACAUAAGAUGAUAUUGACAUAUCAGGAAGGCUGCAGGACCAGUUACACAAGCUUUUAUUGUAUCAUUCUGAGAUUAUAGAACAUUGUAUGACUUGUAUUUAAGGGAGAGGAGUUGCUGCUGCUUCUCCCGGUGUACAGCGCUGUAUAACCUUUUAAAGUACUUGUGGUUCCCUGAUAAAAUAAAGUGCUAAUCAGUCAUUUCUUUUCAU